UCAGUUAUUUCAGAAAUUAAGAUUUUGGGAUGCAAACAUGAAGGGGUAAUGAAAUAAGAUACUUUGUUAUGAACGAAACCACCCAACAGUAUGUACGAGUUCUGAUAAAACAAUGAGACUGCAACUGAGCCUUGAAAAUGGUUAAACAUCAGUUGUAGUGUUCAGUAUUUAGCAGCAGGUCAUGUGUAUAAAUACCUAAAUGAAAAGGCACCAGACUGUUCACAGGUCUUAAAGCAUAAAGCUCAGCAUGGGUAUAAUACUGGGGAAAACACCAAAAUUCCUAGAUAUGGCUCUUAACUCCAAAAGAUUUAGGUCAUUUUAUUUAGGAAAUGGAAAGAGGAGAUAUGACUGAGUGUAAAAUAAAUACACCCUUCAAUCAGUAGCAGACAGUUGUUAUGAUUGGAGUCAAGCCAGGACCACUGUGGGGAUGUUAUUCUAAUUGAAGUGUUUUCAUCCUGUGUCAGACAACUAGUUUUAUUCUUUGUUUAUGUUAAACGUUAUUAAUAGUUUGUUUUGAUGCAUUUGCGUCUUAAAGUCUUUUGUUUUCUUAAUACUGGGACAACUGUGUAUUUUUAUAACAGAAUCAAACGGAAUCAAACCCAACCAUGUCUUAGUACUAGUAUGUCAUUAUUUUAAGGUACUAAGUCUUUUUUUAAGAAAUAAAGUUUACAUACAUGAUCUUUUUUGGCUUCUCUAAGCAUGAAAUAUAUCAAAAAAUAAGUUGUGUUUUAUAGUCUAACUUUCCUGGUAGAGUAUCCUUCUUUGCUUCUAACUUACUUACACAAUUUGUCACAAAAACUACAUCUUUGUCUGCUUCAGGCUUCGGUGCGCACUGAUGAGCGCAGCGCCUCUUGCGCCCCCAGCGGUCUCUCCCCGGGAUGACACUUUGCUGUGAAAACAUCCCGCCUCUCUCCAAUCGCAGUUGAGCUGCUGCUGCUGCUGCUGCGGCGGCGUGCCCCCACUCGUCACAACGGCGUCCCGUCCAGCGGGUGACUGACAGACGUGCCCGGCGGUAACGUUAUGGCCGAACGGACCCUGAGCGAAGCCGCGCGCCGCAUUCCCCAGAUGGCGGAGUGAGUGAGGAUGCGACUCCCCAGUUCCAUCUUUGUGUCGGUGUCUCUGUUCACGGCCGAGACCACGGCAGCGCUCUACCUCAGCUCCACGUACCGCUCCGCCGGGGACCAAAUCUGGCAGGGGCUCACGCUCCUCUUCACGCUCGUACCGUCCGUGCUCGUGCAGCUGACCCUCACCUUCAUCCACCGGGACCUCAGCAGGGACAGACCGCUCAUUCUGCUGCUGCAUAUCCUGCAGCUCGGACCCAUCGUCAGGUGUCUGGAGGCGUUUUGUAUCUAUGGCAGUGUGGGCCGAGUGGAGGAGCCUUAUGUCAGCAUCACCAGGAAGAAGCAGAUGCCCCGUGGGGGUCAGUCUGAGGAGGUGGAACGGCAGGUGGGGCAGGCGGAGGGGAAACUGUUUACACACCGAGCAGCCUUCGCCCGCACCUCUGUCAUUCAGGCCUUCCUGGGAUCGGCCCCCCAGCUCACCCUGCAGCUCUACAUCUGCGUCCUGCAGCAGGGGGUGUCCAUAGGUAGAGGUACACUGAUGGUCAUCUCCCUCCUGUCUAUUGUUUAUGGAGCGCUGCGCUGCAACAUCCUGGCCAUUAAGAUCAAAUAUGAUGACUAUGAAGUGGACGUCCGGCCCAUGGCUUACCUGUGCAUUUUCUUGUGGAGGAGCUUUGAGAUCGCCACCCGUGUGGUGGUCCUGGUUCUGUUCAGCUCUGUGCUGCAGCUCUGGGUCCUGCCUGUGGUUCUGCUGAACUUCCUCGUUUUCUUCCUCUACCCUUGGAUCCUGUUCUGGCAGAGCCACUCACCGUUCCCUGAGAACAUAGAAAAAACUCUGACCAGGGUGGGAACCACCAUCGUGCUUUGCUUGCUCACCUUCCUCUACGCUGGCAUCAACAUGUUCUGCUGGUCAGCCGUGCAGGUGAAACUCAAUGACCCAGACCUCAUCAACAAGUCCCAGAACUGGUAUCGCAUGGCUGUGUACUACAUGUUGCGUUUUGUGGAGAACGCCUCGCUGCUUCUUCUGUGGUACAUCUAUAAAACUGAUGUCUACCAGUUCAUCUGUGCACCGCUGCUGGUGCUGCAGCUGCUGGUAGCCUACGCCAUCGCCAUCUUCUUCAUGCUGGUCUUCUACCAGUUCUGUCACCCGUGUCGGAGGCUCUUCUCCUCCAACAUGACCCAGGGCCUCUGGAAUUGCUCCUCUCUCCUCUGUCUGAUGUGCAACUCCACUUCUCCACAGAACAGGCCAAUAGGAAAGACCGUCCUGGAGCCGCCGAGCCCCUCCACAUGCAAAGAGGCGGCUAACCACGGCAGAGUCCAUGACACAGCCAGUGACAGCACAGACGACAUGCCCAACGACACGACAUAUGACAUGCUCAACGACACGAUCUAUGACCUUCCUAAUGAAAUGGGCAAUAACAUAGGCGGUGGAAUCAAUGGCGACAUUAACCACAGUGUAUCCUGCAAUGCUUAAAGCAUCACAAUUGUCUGACGUGCCAUUCAGAGGAACAACUCUGACAUUUAUCAUAACCUUCUGUAACCUUUGAAGUGCCACAUGGACCCUUCUGUGAGUUGAAUAUACAUUUUAAAUCCUUUGAUCUUAACGUUGCACAAUAUAUCCAUCUCUCAGCUCUGUUUUCUAUCACAGCCUGUUACUCCUACAUAAAGUAAAUGUGUCCUUAACUUGAGGUCAAUCCUGGCUGCACACAUGUGUAGUUUUCCACCUGUGUUAAUCAGUGUGCAGAAACACUGCAGAGGUGGUGCUCAUCCAUCUCAUCAGCCAACAUCCUAACCUUGUCAUCCUGCAGCCUUUAAUACAGAUUCAGCCACGCCAUGGACACCACCAUUACUUUUUUUGGGUGUGGAGUCUAUGUCCACUUAUAUGCUGCAUUACUUAUCACAAGGAGCCAUGCAUUUGAAUUGAUUGUAUUUAGUAUCUCUCUUUGGCAUGGAGGUGUGCAUGUGUGGAGCCUCUGAUGAGGUGUAACUAUUAUUCUCCUUGAUGGAGGGGGGUUCUGUUUUGUACAGGUUUUUUUUUCCUGAACCUCCUGUUAGUUUUAUGGCUGCAAGCAAUCAGCUUUUUUACUCCUUGAUAAGAGCUUUAUCAUUAAUAUGCACUGCUUCUGUGAUGUAUUUGUGCUUGUCGAAGUGAAAGCGAACCUCCACACACUGAGCCUGUUCAAUCACCAAACAUAAUACUGUAAAGCACGCACAUCUCCAGGCGUAAUGUUUUUGCACGUUUCCAAAAAAGGAUUUUAAGUGGCUUUGGUUCAACUGCUGAGCAGCAACAGCUGUUGUGAUGUGAAAUGCUUUUGUUGGGAUGUAUUUGCAUUUUUCUAAUUCAUGCCUAGUUAUGUCUCUCAGCUCUGCGUCUGAACGUCUCAUCUGUAUGUAAUAUUUACACCAUGUGCACACAAAUUGAUAUCCAAUUGAGAAAUGUUUGGAAUUGUAACAAGUAUUUUUUGCUUCUUUUUUUUUGCUUCAAACUUUAAUGUAUAAUUGUGUAUGUGUGAGAGGGAAUGUCAGUGUUGUUUGUUUUUGCACUAACUCCUUUUUGCAAUGUAUCUGCAGAGGGACAACGACCUCGGGAAUCACAUGAAUGCUCCUGAUAUUUGUACAAAUAAGAAAAGCAACCUUUGAAGCCAAAAAAGAAAAAAUAGUACACAUCAAACAUUCACAUACAUAAGAUAAAAAGCAUUUAAAGAUGAAAUCCUACUUAAAAAAAUCUAAAUAAAUUUAUAUUUAUAUGUGAAAA